AUGAGUUUUAACACUGACACGGGACUACCUAGUAUGAUAAAGAUAACCUUUACAAAUUACGAUGAUAAAUCUAUAAAAUUAUCUUUUAAAAUGCCUGAGGCAGAAAAAGAACUUCCUACGUCUCUUGGUUAUGCUAAAGAUACCGAUUUGGUAGUUAAAUUACAAGGAGUGCUUGACAAACUGAUUGUUGAUCAAUUAUCUUAUUUAGAUCGUGUAAAAGCUCACUAUGGUAUGGUUAAAAAAUUUAGAGGCUGGUCUAAGAUUCUUUGUGCAAUAGAAAUAAUAUUUAUAUUCGUUGCAAUCACAUUGCUUUAUCUAGAUUUUGUAUCAAUGUUUGAAACAAGAACAAAGGUUUAG